ACCUCCUGCUUCUCCAGCUGCUUCCUGGGGGAUGUAAGGUGAGGUGGAAACCCCUCUUCAGCACUGCAAGAAUGGACAGCUAUUUGCUGGAACCCAAACCUGGGGAUUUCUAGGAGAGCUUUCUGCAGACUUGCUGCCUUCACGUCCUCUGCGAGCUUAGACUUACUCUGAAGCACAAACUGCUGAAGCUGCUGUCUAGCUCUGCUCUCACCCAGAAUAAGACAUGAAGAAGCCAGCCUGUGGACAGCCUAUGGCAUUCACCUCUACUACCAUGCAGCAAUUGACAGGAUAAAGGUCCAGGAUGCCUCUUGAGAAAGGAGAUAGAAACUGCUAGCUGAGUAAGCAGCCUGUGUGGAGGAGUUGGACAGCAAAACCUGACAGCAGGGAUCCAUAGAUGGGUUCACAAAUAGAACAUUAAUGACAUCCAAGUGGAAAUAUUGAAACAGAAAGUACAGAACUUGAUCCCAAAAGGUGCAGCAUUUUCAUCUUGGACCAAAGUGAAUGACAGUUUAUUUAACAAAGGGUUCCUCUGAGUAUUUUGUAUCCAGGGACCUUUCUUCUUUACAGAAAAAGAAGUGGUGUCAUUUCCAUUAAAGCGAUGCUUCCAAGAAUCUGUGCUCAGGAACUGAAAGCAGAGAGAAUGAGAGAGAGCUGUGUCAGCUGAUCAGCUUUCAAACCAGCUUCAUAUUCUCAAUUUUCUUAAAAUGAUCUGUCCAUCAAUGGCAUCUCUAGGGUCCCUCUUUGGAACCUUUAUUGGCUAGGAGUUGACUGAGCAGAGAUGGAAUACACAGCGCAGUCACUUGAAAAGAAAUCUGUUCCUAUUUUUACAGCACGCUGCUUUUUAGUGCGAAGAUGUGUUUUCUCCUCCAGAUAAUUUUGAAAUUGCAAUAUAUUUUCAUAAACAGCUUAUUUCUGCUUAAAUAUUCUGCUUGUGUCUAUAAAAGAGGAUGUUGUAAAUGGAAUCUGGCAGAAAUGGAAGUUGAAUAUUGUGAUUAAUUAAACUACUAAAAAGGCUUUUAAAAUAAACUCAGAUAAUGUACAAGAUAUGGCCAAGAUAAUUGCAAAAUUUCAGAGGUAUUUUCGACGGAAGCCUGUACGCUUUUUCACAUUCAUAAUCUUAUAUUUAACGGCUGGAAGUGUUGUAUUUUUGCACGCAACUUUUGAAGGGGAACAUAUUGUGUCAGAUAGCGAAAAGACCUUGAUUAAUGGCAUCAGUGAUCGAGGAGAUCUCCAGGAACCUGGAACAGCCCAGUUAAGUAGGGUGUUUAAGGAAGCCCCAGAGUCACCAAGCAUGCCACGGAGAUAUGGACCAUGGUUCAAAACAUCAGGAAAAGAGUCUCUGGAGAGGAGUAAGCAAGGAGACUUUGGAGGUACAUGGAACAGAGCUCUUAAAGGGAGAACUAUGAGAGAACAAGAAGAAGGAAGAGCAAAGUAUAUUGGAUGCUACAUGGAUGACACGCGGCAGAGAGCGCUCCGUGGAGUGUCCUUUUUUGACUACAAAAAGAUGACAGUGUUCCGUUGCCAGGACAACUGUGCUGAACGGGGUUACAUGUAUGCUGGGCUUGAAUUUGGUGCUGAAUGUUACUGUGGUCACAAAAUUAAAGCCUUAAACGUCAGUGAGUCGGAAUGUAACAUGGAAUGCAAGGGAGAAAAAAGCAACAUGUGUGGUGGAGUAAAUCGUUUGUCCAUCUACAGACUGGAGCUCACACAGGAGUCUGCAAGGAGGUAUGGCAGUGCCAUAUUUCGUGGAUGCUUCCGACGACCCGAUAAUACAUCUCUGGCACUCCCAGUGAGCAACAUUAUGUUAAAUAUGUCGGUGGACAAAUGUGUUGAUUUCUGCACAGAAAAGGAAUAUCCAUUGGCAGCACUUGCAGGAACAGUCUGUCACUGUGCUUUUCCCACAACUUAUUUCACACUUCACGAGCGGGAAGAUGAGCAGCUGUGUGCUCAGAAAUGUAUCGGAGAGGAAUUUGAGAGUUGUGGCACACCGGAUUACUUCGUAGUGUAUCAAACACAAGUACAAGAUAACCGGUGUAUGGACAGGAGAUUUUUACCAAAUCGUGCUAAACAACUUAUUGCCUUGGCAAGCUUUCCUGGUGCAGGAAAUACCUGGGCCCGACAUCUAAUAGAACUGGCUACAGGCUUCUAUACUGGAAGCUAUUACUUUGAUGGAUCACUGUAUAAUAAAGGCUUUAAAGGGGAGCGAGACCACUGGAGAAAUGGGCGUACCAUUUGCAUCAAAACUCAUGAAAGUGGAAGGAAGGAAAUUGAAUCUUUUGAUGCGGCGGUUUUGCUUAUUCGGAACCCAUACAAAGCGUUAAUGGCAGAAUUCAACAGGAAAUAUGGUGGACAUAUUGGAUUUGCAUCACAGGCUCAUUGGAAGGGAAAAGAGUGGCCUGAAUUUGUUAGUAACUAUGCACCGUGGUGGGCUACACAUACACUAGACUGGCUAAAGUAUGGAAAAAAUGUGCUGGUUGUACAUUUUGAAGAACUUAAACAAGAUUUAUUCUUUCAACUCAAGAGAAUGAUUAACCUCCUGGGACUCCCAGUCUUAGCGGAUAGACUCCUGUGUGUUGAAGGCCAAAAGGAUGGAAACUUCAAGCGCUCAGGUCUCAGAAAGCUGGAGUAUGACCCUUACACUGCAGAUAUGAGAAAAAUGAUUAGCAAUUACAUUAGGACAGUAGAUGCAGCCCUGAAGCAAAGAAAUCUCAGUGGAGUUCCAGAAGACUACUAUCCAAGAUGAUGACACUGCUCUGUCGAGAAUAUUUCUGGGGCAGUGGUUCCCAGCUGAUGGCUACUUCCACCCAGUGGGUGGCUUGAAGACUUUCUGCUGCUAUUAACUGUUAAAGAUUCUUAUGUGCAUGAAAUAUGAGCAACAAACAGCGCUUCAAAUAUUUGGCAAGAAGUUUAGACAUGUUCAGUUAUUGUCUUCUUAAUGCAGAUUUUCUGCAUGGAUUAAAGUACAUUCUGAUUGAUACAAUUGGAAAUUCCAAGACAUACAACUUUAAAGUCAGCAAAGUUUUUUCCUACUCGUCAUUUGGCAGUUUCUGCUGUUAUUAUGAACAACUUGAGCACUCCAUUGUUAUAGAAAAUAAUGAUUGCACAGUUAGAGCUAAAAGAAAAAUGUAUUAGUGCCUCUGAAUAAUAGCCCAUGCACAACAGAUUUUUACCCAAACUGUAUGCAUGAGAAAGGGUGUGAAAGUCCAAUCCUCGGUCUUGCUGAAUGACCGAUGUGUGCUGAAGCCUGAAAAUCUUGCCUAACAUGCUCUUUAUACAUUUUUUUCCUCCUUUACAACUAAAUUAAAUACUGGUUUACAUGACAAAA